UAUUUUGUGUACAUACAUUAUUUUAUCAAGAAACCGAAAACCGUAUUUCCAUGCUUUCUCAUAAUUAAACUUACACCUUUCUUAGUUUAGGUAAACAAUUGCUUGCCAAGCAUCUACAAAACACAAGAUGGUGAAGGUGUGUUUAGGUUAUUACAAUAAAACAAAAAACGUCGAGACAGGUAUUGACUUUUACGUAACAUUGUCACCGGCUCACGUAAUCGAUUGUCACAGGUUUACGUGCCUAGAGAGAUAACUGUUGAAAGGAGGAGAUAACGGGGUGAUCUCAUUGGGAAAAGGGUUCGUUCUUUGCGUGGGUAAAAAUGCUUACGCAAGAAAGAGUGUUCACCUAAUUGUUUGUUUUGGCACUUAACCGUUCAGAGGUCGUGCAUGGGGUGAGCUAUUUAUGAUUGCUUUGUUGAGUUGUUUUUUUUCCCGUUUUGAUUUGAGCCGAUCAUGCAAGAUAACAAUAACAAAAGAGUGAGCUUCGAAUUGUUCGAGAAGAGAUCCAAAUUAAUUUUUUUUUUUUUAAAUGAAAAUUUGGAUCACGAAUCUUUUAAUGACUUUUUCAAAAUUAUUCAUCGAUUGGUUCGAUUACUCCACCUUCUAAUUACCAACAAGGUGUUAGCGUUAACAUAAAAGUCUCGUCUGAGCAUGUCCUGAUGGGGCCGACAUUCCCUACAGGUUUUGCCAUUCUGGCAUUCAUCUUGACACCGGCGCACGCAGCUAGACUUCCAGGUAAGUAGUGUCCAUGCAUGCUGAUUUUUAGUUUCCCAAUGCAACGCCCGGUAGUAAAUUACAUGUAACUUUCAAAGAUCACUGUCCUACUAAUGUGUGUGUGGGGGGGGGAGGGGGAGUGUUUAAAUGAUUCCCACAGAUAAAAAAACUGGUAACAUUUAAAGUUGGUUUUAUAAACAUGAUCAAAAUGCAGAGAAAUCAAAUUCAGGUAGGUUUAAAGAGAAGAAAGUGUCGAUUGAAUAAGCACGCAUAAAGAGGCCUGUUUUAAAAAAAAAACAAAUUAACAAAAAAGUAAACUAGUCGAUCCCUAUCGAACUCUUUGGGACACAAAAUGCUGAAUUUAUAAUAAAAUGAAUAUACCAGAGUCUUUAUAAGUAGAUGUAGACACUCUGCAUGUUAAUGUUGACACGCUGUACUUAAAUGUUGACACGAUGUAAGUAAACGUUGACACGCUGUGCGUAAACGUUGACACGAUGUGUGUAAAUAUUGACACGCUGCGUGUAAUUGUUGACACUCCGAAUAGGCAACAACGGUAAGUGAACUGAUGGGUGUUGAGGUAAGUAUGCACAGGUACAGUCGAGGUAAACUUCUUCGUCCAGUUCGCCCUCAGUCUUGCCUUUGUCAUCUUGUGUCGGUAAGAUAAAGGGAAAACCAAACACUAACGGUAAGUUAUUUUUUUAUUUUUUUUUACACUUUGGGGUUCAGAAGACGUUUCUUCUCACAACAUGCACUUUGGAAGCAACACUCAAAAAGAAAGAAACGUCUAUAUGGGGAAACAUUUCAACUGGCCACUCGGUCGGGUAUUCUUCAUGGUCGUGGUUGCAAGCAGAGCAGUAAGAGCAGACAAAGACAUCUGCUUAAAACUCUGUAUGCUAAACGUUUUUUUUUCAAAUAAGUUAUUGUGUUUUGCAGGAAACAUAACAAGACUUCUUAUUUCUCUUAUUCUUAACGCAGUCCUUGAUAACAAAAAAUACAAUAUAAGUAAUUCGUUUAGUUGUUCAGUUAAAUGUUUAUUUAAAAAUUAUAUUAUAUAUAUAUUUUUUUUUUUAAAUAUCAUCUUUUUGAAUCGUAAUUUAUUGUUCCAUAAAAUAAAAUUGCUCUUAUGUCAAUCUCGAACUUCCGUUUCAAACCGUCUUUAAAUUUCAGGAAACCCGUGCGAUGACCUAGACUGUCAAAAUGGAGGCGUGUGUAGACUAAAGGGAGGCAAGGCCGUAUGCAAAUGUCCACGGAACUACCAAGGGAUAGAAUGUGACGAUAUAAGUGAGUAAUGAGGUUUCUGCAUACAUCAAGGGUCUCAAACUAAAAUUAUCCGGGGGCCGCAGGAGGCAGCGUCUGAGUGAGGCUGGGUGGCAUUAAGUAUUCUACACAAAAAAGCGAUUCCAUUAAAAAAAAGUACUACUGCUACAAUUAGCUCAACCUUUUUUAAUAACAAUAAAAACUUUAAGGAUUCUCAAGAAUUAGGCUUUGAAUACUUCCUCCUACUCCUCGUUGCCAGAGACCUCGCAACGCUUCUUCUUACACAUUUCAGCAACAUUUGGCUUGAGUGAGGAAGCAACUGAGACCCCCAGUAAAGCUUGAAGAUGUUCAUCAGUAAGUUUGGCCCUGAACUUUUUCUUGCGAAAGGUCAUAGUAGAAAAGAGCUUUUCACAAGGAUGGGUACUCCCUAAAAGGCACAUGAACCGCUUCAACAAUCUGGAAAUCUCAGGGAAGUUGGAGGGCAUUUCUCUUAUUAUAUUCUCCACUCUUUGUCUGUUUUUCCAUUCACCUCCCUGAGCAUUGAGUUCAGAAUUGCACUAAAGAUCAAUCAGCUGGGGGGGGGGGGGGUUCUUCCACAUUGGAGGGGAAGGGGCCAGAAAGUAUUUGAAAAAUGACUCUGCAUGUUUUGAAGUCUUCAAACCUGUGAUCAAAUUCUUACAGUAGCUUUGCAAUGGUAUCUGUAUCUAAUUUUGACUAAAUCAAUAACAAAUCACUGCACAAACUUAUGCUAGUUUGAUCCAAAAAUUAGACAAAGACAUUAAAUUUCCAAUAUUGAACAUCGCGUCACCCUUAAACUCCACACGUAGCCCCGGCGCGUAUCUAUGUUAACAGCAUUAUAUCCUUAGCAAGAAAAUAAAAUCUCCGGUGAUCUGAAGUAAAAUAUUCAGCUUCUAAAUGCUAUGAAAAUAAUGAGCUUAGGUUAACAAAGACGAAAAAGCCUAAAUUAAAUUUAAAAUGUAGUGAUUCCCACAUCGAUUUUAAAACUAAAACGUGUUCAAACCAAAGAUACGAGCAGGCAAUAGUUAUUAUUGAUGCGAAGGAAAAUGCUAUUGUAGGGAGAAUGAAUUUUGAUUUUUUUUUUUAUCGUAGAAAAGGCCUUUUUGACUAACCUUAUUUUGAAAGUGACCAAGCUGCAAUCUCGGAAUUUCUCUCUCUCUCGUCACUCGUGUAUACACUAGCGGCAAUUUUAAAAGGCAUCCUCUGAUUGCAUCCACUGUUUUAGAUUGCUACGAUUUUUAAAAAAAAACUAUGGUUGUGAUUUACCUACUAACAGACUUUUUAAAACUGUAUAUAUAUAUAUAUAUAUAUAUAUUCGUAAAGUUUUCUCAAAACCGCUCUUGGUUGUCUCAUUAAAUUUUAUAAAAUAAAAACAUUUUAGUCAAAUUUUGAAACUUUUUUUUACCAUUAUAAUCAACGCCAAACGUAUACAAACAUAAUAAAAAUCAGAAUUAGACUAGAAGGUGAGAUUCGACUGAAACCGUUGCGUUAUAGAUAUGAGAAUGGGGAAAACGCACGGGCUGCAUUGACAGUAAUUAACACUAAACUUUGCUGUCAGGUAUCAGGUCGAAAAAAUAUCGUCUUGAAGGUGUCCAAUGGCCAGCGAGUUUGAGACCCCCUGACAUAUAUGCUUAGGGGGUAAAUAACAGUCGGCCAAUUAUUUUAUGACUUCUGUGUAAAGGAUAAGUCGAAGGAGGGAAAGAGAAUGAGAUUAAGAGUGAGGAAUUGUGAGAUGAAAAGACGUACAGAGAUUACGGUAGUGAAACGAAGAGAAAGAGAGCAUGUGAGAGAUAGUGAGAGAGGGGGAGUGACGGAAAGAAAUAGUAUAAACGUGGAAGAGAGAGAGAGAGAGAGGGGGGGGGGGCUAAGGAGGAAGGAAGAUACAAAUAAUUACAGAGGGUUUCGGAUUCAGCUAUAAAAUUAAUUUUAAAAUAUAAAAGUGUAUUACAAAUACUAUAUAUAUUUUAUCUGUUUAUAAAGAAUUUAUAGACCCAUGUGACAGUCGGAAAGAAAUAGUAUGAACGUGGAAGAGAGAGAGAGAGAGAGGGGGGGGGGGCUAAGGAGGAAGGAAGAUACAAAUAAUUACAGAGGGUUUCGGAUUCAGCUAUAAAAUUAAUUUUAAAAUAUACAAGUGUAUUACAAAUACUAUAUAUAUUUUAUCUGUUUAUACAGAGUUUAUAGACCCAUGUGACAGAUACGUUUGUUUCAACGAUGCCACGUGUGAAAUUAGCGAUGACGGACCCGUAUGUGUCUGCCCUGAGGGUUUUCGUGGUAAAAGAUGCGACAGAAAAUGUAAGUUUGCAAUGACUGACUCAAAAAGUUUAAAAAAAAAAAAAAUUAAGUUUCUUACUUGAAAUUCUAUGACAGAUACACUACGUGAAAUACUUUCUAUUGUAGAUUUUAAAAAAAAAAGAAAUUUUUAAAAAUCAUGUUUUAAGUACUUGACAGCUAAUGGGAACAAAAGGGCCUAUGGAAAUAAAGUGGUCUUUCUUUUUUUUUCUCUUAUUCGUUUGCUUUAAUAUAACUUAAUUAAUUGAUACUGCAUUUAAUGAAAAAAAAUAAACAUUACAUUUUCUUUUAGAAUAUACAGUGCAGUUUCUUUAAGCAUAUUAAAUGCAGUGUCUUUUAGCAUGCCCAGUAUGGGUUUUUAAAGCCAUCUGUUUUUGUUUUGGAAUGUUUUGAAAUCAAUGGAAACUGUUGUUUGUUGUUGUUUUUUUUUUUGUUGUUUUUUUUUUGUUGUUUUUUUGCUUCAGUUACUUUCUAAAAGCUGUUGGAAACUAUUUGGGUGAGCACACAUUUUCCAAGCAGAUAUUAAGCGUUCAUAGCGCCUUCCAUAAUACCAUACAAUCUUGUCCACAGUUGAUGACGUGUACGCCUGUUUGAACUAUGAGUGUCCCGACGGCAGCCGAUGCAUCGUGCUGAACAACCUCCCGUUUUGCGUGGAAUCUACCUUCACACCUAAAUCUACCCCUAAAACUACACGUAAAACCACCAGAAAGACCAUCUCUAAAACUACCACUACACAUGUCCCUGAAGAAACCACUGCUGACAGUGAUGAUACUACCACUAAAACUACACGCAAAACUACCCGAAAGACCACCUCUAAAACUACCACUACACCUGUCCCUGAAGAAACCAUUGCUGACAGUGAUGAUACUACCACUAAAACUACACGCAAAACUACCCGAAAGACCACCUCUAAAACUACCACUACACCUGUCCCUGAAGAAUCCACUGCUGACAAUGAUGAUACUACCACUAAAACUACACGCAAAACUACCCGAAAGACCACCUCUAAAACUACCACUACACCUGUCCCUGAAGAAACUAAUGACGACACUGAUGAUAAUACCUCUUAACCUACCUCUAAAACUAACCCUAAAACUAUCCGAAAAAACCACCUCUAACGCUUUUCCUGCACCUGCCCCUGAAGAAACCACUAUUGGUAAUAAUGAUACUACACCUAAAUCUGCCCCUAAAACUACCCGAAAAACCACUUCUAAAACUACCCCAACACUUUUCCCCGAUACUGGUGAUUACUACCCCUAAAUCUACCAGUAAAACUACCAUUAAAACCACCAGCAAAGCCACGGCUACAGAGAUGUGACGUAAAUGUACCACGGACCCGAUAUUUCGUUAAAUCUUUGUUAACGUUGUAGCUUCCCCAGCACCAUACAGUGAAGACGAUGCCCCUGAUUUUUAACGAUUAUGAUUAAUGAUCCGAAUCCAUAACUGUUCCUCAGGGCAUACCCCGUGAGCCUAAACCUAAGCCUGGCCCUGAUUAUUACGACUUUGAUCAUGCAGAACCCGAGAACCCUGAACCUAAAACUAGGCCCCUAACAUGGCCCUAAUCUUGACACCCACGCGAGGCCGCGAUAAAAAGGCCCUAGAACUGAGAGUACCGUAUUCCUUGUUAAAUGAAG